UGGAGGGCAGGGCUGUCUUCUGCAGCUCCCACAGGCUCCCCGCGCGGCGGGACGUGGUCCAGGACAUCUCCUGCACCGCCUGACUGCGCAGCCUCCACCCACUCGUCCUCCCCGCCGGCUCUCCCGCUCCCGGGGCCCGGCCGGAGCAGGACCCACUGCCCGCUGGAGAGGGCGAGCCGGGGCGCGCCCCUGACGGGAAUGCGCGCACUAAGCACUGCUCGGGCCCUGGCCCGGCUCCCUGGAAACAGGAGCAGGGGCUUUCCGCCGGCCGGGCCUCACCCGGACGGGGCUCUCGGGUUCCAGCGCCCGCGCCUCGGCCCCGCCCCCGACCGCCAGGCCCCGCCCAGCAGCCACCGCCUCUCCGCGUCGCUCCCCGCCUCCCUCACGCUCGACGGGCUCGCUUCCGCGCCGGGCGCGCGGGCACGAGGGGCGGAAGCCGCGGGGAGCGCUCCGCCGCGGGGACGAGCGCGCAGGCGCCGCGGCGCAUCCAGGCCGGGCGGGAGGUGCGAGUAAACCCAUCUUUUAACCACCGCUCAAAUCGAGAAAGAGAACAUUUGCAGCAUCUUAGACCUGCCUGGAGACCUCUUCCAGCACCACCCCUCUUUCCUCCCCAAGGCUACUUCUUCAUAGACAUAAAAAAAAAAAUCAAUAUUUAACUGUUUGGAAACGAAGCAUCACUUGAAAUCCUCUCCAACUCCUAACGCCAAAGAAUUGAUAACAUUCCUCUGAUCAAGAAAAGAAGUGACUGACUGCGUGUUAAAAGUAUUGUGGCAUUGGUCCUGUUUUUCUCCCUCCCUAAAUUUGAAGAAGAAAUAUGGAGAAAUGGUACUUGAUGACAGCUGUGGUCUUACUAGGACUAACAGUACGGUGGACAGUUUCUCUUAAUUCUUACUCAGGUGCUGGAAAACCGCCUAUGUUUGGUGAUUAUGAAGCUCAGAGACACUGGCAAGAAAUUACUUUUAACUUACCCAUCAAACAAUGGUAUUUUAACAGCAGUGAUAACAAUUUACAGUACUGGGGACUGGAUUACCCACCUCUCACAGCUUAUCACAGCCUUUUAUGUGCAUAUGUGGCCCAGUUUAUCAAUCCAGACUGGAUUGCUCUCCAUUCGUCCCGUGGCUACGAGAGUCAGGCGCAUAAGCUCUUCAUGCGCGCCACAGUGUUAAUUGCUGACUUGCUGAUUUACAUACCUGCAGUGGUUCUGCACUGUUGUUGUUUAAAAGAAAUCUCAACCAAGAAAAAGAUUGCUAAUGCGUUAUGCAUAUUGCUGUAUCCAGGCCUCAUUCUUAUCGACUAUGGACAUUUUCAGUAUAACUCCGUGAGCCUUGGCUUGGCUCUGUGGGGUGUUCUUGGAGUGUCCUGUGACUGGGACCUGCUGGGGUCCCUGGCCUUCUGCUUGGCUGUAAAUUAUAAACAGAUGGAACUUUACCACUCCUUGCCAUUUUUUUGCUUUUUACUUGGCAAGUGCUUUAAAAAAGGCCUCAAAGGAAAGGGGUUCGUACUGUUCGUUAAGCUGGCUGGCACCGUGGUGGCUUCCUUCACCCUCUGCUGGCUGCCGUUCUUCACAGAGAGGGCCCAGGCCCUGCAGGUUCUGAGAAGACUCUUUCCAGUCGAUCGUGGAUUGUUCGAGGAUAAAGUCGCCAAUAUUUGGUGCAGCGUCAGUGUCUUCCUGAAGAUCAAGGACAUUCUGCCACAUCACGUCCAGAUCAUAGUCAGCUUUUGUCUUACAUUGUUGAGCCUGCUUCCCGCAUGUGUAAAACUGACGCUUCAGCCCUCCCCCAAAGCAUUCAGAUUUACUCUGGUUAGCUGUGCACUGUCAUUCUUUUUAUUUUCUUUCCAAGUACACGAAAAGUCCAUUCUCUUGGUAUCAUUACCAGUCUGCCUAGUUUUAAGUGAAAUUCCUUUUAUGUCUACUUGGUUUUUGCUUGUGUCAACAUUUAGUAUGCUGCCUCUUCUCUUGAAGGAUGACCUGCUAAUGCCCUCAGUGGUGACAACGAUGGCAUUUUUUAUAGCUUGUGCAACUUCCUUUUCAAUAUUUGAAAAGACUUCCGAAGAAGAGCUGCGCUUGAAGUCCUUUUCCGUGUCUGUUAGGAAGCAUCUCCCACGCUUUACAUUUCUUCCCAGAAUUAUACAACAUUUGUUUAUCAUCUCAGUAAUCACUAUGGUCCUUUUGACCCUGAUGACUGUCACACUGGAUCCUCCUCAGAAACUGCCGGACUUAUUUUCUGUACUGCCAAGUCCCUAGUAAGCAGUUGAAAUGUAUGCCCAAACAGUGAUGAACAGUGUACAACAAGAGCAUCCGCGUCACCAGGACAGGCAGCCCCAGGGACUGCAUCCGCGACAGCAGGUCCUCAUGGAGGGCUGAGGACUACAGGUGUACGUCAAUGUCUAUUUGUGUCCCCAAAACUAAUUCUUUAUUUUUUAUCUCCAGAUAAGCCAAGAAUGUUAAAGUAUAAGGGGAAAUUUUGGUUGUUUCUCCUAAAACUCAUCAUGUCUAAACUUCAAACCUCUGUGCUUUUAAAACUGAAGUAUUUAUUUGAAAAAAGAUACUAAUGUUAAGAUAUAACAGAAAAAACUAAAGGGUAGUAGUCUUCUUGGAUUAUUUAGCUGAUCUGAUGAAUCCUUUUUCAAGACUGAGUGGGCAAAGAACAACAUAGUUUUAAGUUAAAAAAUACUUCAGUGGGUGGUUAGAAUGAAAAGGCAAUAUCACACCAUUUUAUAGUCUUAGAACAGACGGAGUUUCAGAUUUGCCCUGAAGUCCAAGAAUUUGAAAACUUUAAAAUCCUAUAAUCAAGAUGAAUUUUACAAUGUAAGAACAUUAGCUAAAGAAAAUAGGAACAUUAUAGUCUGUGCUUUUCUUUUUAAGGCCAGAGCUAGAAAUUCUGAAAUAUUUUAUACGACAAACAGCUGAAACACUCAACUUUUUUGAACAAUGUGAAGUUCAGAUGGUUGCAUUUCAUUUAAAAUAUGCAUACUGCAACCUACACAAUUAUUCUCAAAACAGAUAAAAUAUGUUUUGGACUGAAGCUAAGUGUCUAGAUUUCAUAUCUUGGCAAGUGCUCUACAAUUUGCUUACAUUCUUUUCAAAAACAUUUUGUUUACUGGAAGUACUAGUCAUAGACAAACAAUGAUGGUAUUUUCUAAUAUCUCUAGAAAAAAUGAAAAUACUAAGUACUAUAUAAUGCCAUCUAUUGACUCAGGAAUAUUUGUAUCAAGUUGUUUUAAGAAGAGGUUGAUUAUGUAAAAUAAAUAAAUUUCAUGCCUUACCAUGUGAUGAUAAUGUGACAUUCCAUCUGUAUCAACCCAAUGAAUGAUCAUAUGUUUUAAAUCUUCAGCAUAACAAAUUAAAAAUAAUUAUGAAAAUUCACAUCCAAAUCUAACUGAAAAGGAACCUUUCAUUUCAUGAUUUUUCUAAUAGUCAUAAAGCCAAUAUUAUUAAGAAAAGUGAAGUUAGGUUUACUUCCUAAGUAACUGAAGAAAAAAGCUUUCCUUUGUUUAAGAAAUCUGUACGUGGCAGAAGAGAUCCUCUCUUAUUCACACUCUCCACCAAGGCAUUCCCUUCCCUGAUUUGCAAGUUCUCCUGAAAAUUAUGAAAAUCCCAGUGCACCUUUUCAUGUUAUUGUGUAUGUUUUAAAUUUCCCUUGAGUAAGUUAUAGAAAGCCUUAAGAAUGUGUGUCAGAUGUCUAGUCAUUUAAAACACUCUCUGCCUGUGAUGAAGACCGCAGCUGACGCUGAGCAAACCAGCACUGAAGUGAGGAAACACACAGAAGAGAGGACAGGGGGCCCGACAGCAUCACUGCUGGAACUCUCCUGGGACUGUCUGCCUCAACUGUUCUGGGACAAUUUUAUAAGAAUUUGAAGGAAAGGAAAAAGAAUCUGAAGGACACUCUUUUGACAGUGCAACAAGUAAUUUGUUUCUUCUCAUUUUCAUAAUUACCUAACAAAACAAAUCUAAUGCAUAUUAUAGGGCUGACUUUUAUAUUAUAUAAUUUCUAAGAUUAUGAAGAUUCCCAAAACAUUUUAAAGUGUAAACAAUUCUAGGUAACAGGACAGUAAAAGAGUAAAGUUGAAAUUUCUAUAAAAAGCUGAAGGCUUCAUCCCCAAAUAAGAAACAUAAAGCAAAUUAGUUUGAGAUAUCAAAAAAAUUAGCAAAGUCCUCUUAAAAUGAAUGUAUGAAUAGAAGCAGGUGAAAGUUAUUAGCUUAGCAAU